AUGGCGGCCGACAAGAUUGUCAAGGAAGCGAAUCUCGUUGCGGUUAUCAACGCAUCGCGCGACGCUCGCAUCCAGGCCCUUGCGCUUGUCGGACAAGUCGCAUCUACCGGCUCUAUUGACAGCGCGUCUGCCGAAGCCUUGUCCGAGAUCUCCAAGCAGCAGAAGCUCCUGAUUACACACCUCGCUCAAGUACGAGGACUGCACCGUGCCGCUACCUUCAGCACCCGCAGGACGAAGGCAGAGACUGCCGAAGCUCGCCAGGAAGUCGACCGUUUGCAUCUGCAACUCCAAAACCUCUAUUACGAGCAGCGCCAUCUGCAGGGUGAGAUUGCAGACUGUGAAUCCUACGACCACACAUACCAACAGCUCCCUCUGAUUCCCAUUGACGAGUUCCUGGUACUCCAUCCAGAACAUGCAGAAGACGACGAGAAUGCACUGAUGAUUGCGCGCAUCGAGCACGAACGCCUUGAACGAGAGAAUCUCGAGCAGAAGCGCAUGGAGCUUCUGAAACGUAAGCAGAAGCUGAUCGCAGACAACAAGAAGCGAAAGGACGAUCUUGCAAAUCUGGACAAGGAGUUGGAGAAGUUCAUUGAUGCGGCCAAACCCAUCCAGAAACUAUUCGAGAAAAACACCACGUAG